AUGGUGCUCAAAAUAUCACGCGCCACGCGAUUGACGGUGGUGGUUGUCAUCUCCUCAGCAUUCUUUGUGGCUGAGAUCUCAGUCGGUUUUUACACACAUUCCCUUGCUUUGGUGGCCGAUGCCUUCCAUUAUUUGAACGACCUGGUCGGGUUUGUUGUCGCGCUCGUUGCUCUCAAGGUAUCAGAAGCAGACGAAUCACCGAAAGCCCUAUCUUUUGGCUGGCAACGAGCCCAGUUGCUGGGCGCCUUCUUCAAUGGCGUCCUACUCUUCGCGCUUGGGAUUAGCAUCUUCCUACAGUCCAUUGAGCGAUUCAUCACACUCCAGCGUGUUGAGAAUCCUAAGCUCAUGUUCAUCAUGGGAGCCAUCGGACUGACCCUGAAUCUUAUCAGCGCCACGUUUCUCCAUGGAAUGUUGGGGGUCUUGACCCAUGUUAUAGGCGAUGCGGCCAAUAACCUUGGGGUGAUGGCAGCGGCCUUGGUCAUAUGGUUCACUCACUAUGGAGGGCGAUUCUAUGCGGAUCCGGGCACAAGCAUGGGAAUAGCCAUAAUGAUAAUGCUGUCUUCAAUUCCACUGGUGCGGCGAUGUGGGAUCAUCCUGCUAGAAAGCGCGCCUAAUGGAGUCGACCUUGAGGAUGUGAAGCAUGAUCUAGAGAAGAUCCCCGGUGUCUUAUCAGUCCACGAGCUACAUAUCUGGCGCCUAAACCAGCACAAGGCGCUCGCAUCGGUUCAUGUGAUGGUAUCCGAUUGCUCAGUGCCGAGUUUCCUGAAAUUGAGUAAGACCAUCAACGAAUGUUUCCACGCAUACGGGAUCCAUUCCACCACGAUUCAGCCAGAGAUGGCUCAUCCGGUGACGAUCGCAGUAGGACGGCCGACAGUGGAAACAGAACGGGUUUCGCAGAUUGAAAUGUCUGAGAAGUGUCAGGUGAUAUGUGGGACAUUAUGUGAAGAAUUGACGUGCUGUGGAUAG